UGAGAUUACCCGAACCCAUCCUCGGUAACACACUGUUUUCAGACAAGUAAUAUUCCGGGUCAAAAAAAACCCGGCAAAACUUAAACGCUGUCUCUUCACUCCCACAUCUAACCACAUCACUGAUCUCCACAGAUCUCGUUUUCUUCCACCUUCAAUCCCCUCUCUCACAAUCCUCACAUAAACCCCUACAAAAUAAUUCAAUCAUCAUCUACUCUUCAGAUUUGUUCCGAUCUCAUCCCCUGAAAACGGUUUGUUCCUUUCAGGAGGUUUGAGAUCAAUUAGGUUUAUAUAUAAUAAUAGUAAACGAUUGAAUAUGAAAUCGGUGCAAACGUCGUCGUAUAGAGACCGUACACUCGAGUUUUCGAGCAUAACUGAGAGGCUGAGAAAAUCGUUGGCACCGUCAAUCGGAGUUAACGGUAGUGGUGGUGGUGGAUCACGGUCGAGUGUAGCAUUUCAAUCGGAGUUUAACAAGAGAGCUUCUAAGAUUGGUUAUGGUAUUCACCAUACGUCGCAGAAGCUAGCCAAGCUUGCAAAAUUGGCAAAGAGGACAUCUGUUUUUGAUGAUCCAACUAAGGAGAUCCAAGAACUGACAGCUGUCAUCAAGCAGGACAUUACUGCCCUCAAUUCAGCUGUGGUGGAUUUACAGCUUAUUUGCAAUUCCCAAAACGAAAGCGAAAAUGUUUCAUGUGACACAACCACUCAUUCAACCACGGUUGUUGAUAAUCUGAAAAACCGUCUAAUGAGCACCACCAAAGAGUUUAAGGAUGUUCUUACCAUGCGCACAGAGAAUUUGAAGGUUCAUGAAAAUAGAAGACAGUUAUUCUCCGCAACUACUUCUAAGGAAACCGCCAAUCCAUUUAUCCGUCAGCGUCCUUUGGCUAAUAAAUCAACUGCCAGUGCCAGCUCAUCAAGUUCCCCUCCUCCUUGGGCUAAUGACUCUUCAAGUUCAUCUCCGUUGUUCCAAAGGAAGCAUGCUGAUGCUGAAUCUCAACCAUUGAUUCAACAACAAAACCAGCAGCAGCAGAUGGUUCCAUUGCAGGAUAGUUACAUGCAGAGCAGAGCUGAGGCGCUUCACAAUGUAGAGUCAACUAUUCACGAAUUAGGCAGUAUUUUCACACAAUUGGCAACCAUGGUUUCUCAACAAGGGGAGCUUGCAAUUAGGAUCGAUGAAAAUAUGGAAGAUACACUAGCAAAUGUAGAAGGUGCGCAAGGACAACUAAUGAGGUACCUCAACAGUAUCUCUUCAAAUCGGUGGUUGAUGAUCAAGAUAUUCUUUGUAUUGAUCGCCUUCCUCAUGAUAUUCCUGUUUUUUGUCGCCUAAAGAUACAUGUGUGUUAAGAAAAUAUAUAAUGCAUCAAAUCGAGCCGUUUUCUUAAACAAUUUGGUGUUCUUUGUGUGUACAUAUGGAUCAGUAUUUUUAACACCAAAACAAGUACAGACCGGUCGAACCAAGGAUUGGAACUAGGGUGGCCAUGGGUUUAUAUUGCUUGGCAAGAACCAGGACCAUGAACCGGUUAUCUACCGGUUUUUUGGUUUUCUUUUUGUAUUUUAUGAGGGUUGAACUUCUUGUAUGCAUAACUUAUAUUGGAUUUUAUUUAUCAUUGAUAUAGUGGGUCUAUCAUUGUUUUAGGUAUAUAUUGGUGGUAAAUAAUUUAUAUGGAAUUUUCUGGUUUU